AUGGCCGUCAGGGGAGAACAAACGUGGGACUCCUGGAGUGACUGGAAGUGUCAGUUAAGACCAAAUAAUACAUGCAUAAUGAGUCGUAGUAGAACAUGCUCUGAUGGAGACUUUUGUAUUGGAGAGUCUCAUGAAGACGAUGUAUGCUCAAGCGAAAUGUGUCCAGAUUUAUUGCAUUUAGAUACUAAAUCUGACGCAUGCGUAGAUGGAGCAGGUUGUCACUACUUUAAAAACUCCCCGAAAUCAUUAUGUGUUGAUAAUGCAGCGGCAUGUCCUGUAACUUGUGGAUGUUGUAUACCUUAUAUUUUACUUGGUGGGACAACAACCCUAAAUCCAUCCGGAUCCAGUGGUUAUGGUUCAAAUGGAACCGGCUCCGGAGUAACAACGAAUAACGCAAUUAGUGUAACUAUACAAAAUUCAACCGUGGUAACAACAAAUAACCCAAUAGGUGUUACUCCACAAAAUCCAUCUGGAUCCGGCGGAAACGGUUCGUAUGGAACUGGCUCAAGAGUAACAAACAACCCGAUUGGUGUUACUACGCAGACUUCAUCUGGAUCCGGCGAAAAUGGUUCAAAUGUAACAGGCUCCGGUGUUACAACAUAUAAGCCAAUCGGUAUUACUACACAUAAUCCAUCUGGAUCCGGUGGAAAUGGUUGGAAUGGAACCGGCUCCGGCGUAACAACAAAUAACCCAAUUGGCGUAACUACACAGAAUCCAUCUGUAUCUGGUGUAAAUGGUUCAAAUGGAACCGGCUCCAGCGUUGCAACAAAUAUCACAAUCAUUAUUUCUACACAGAAUCCAUCUGGAUCCAGUAGAAAUGGUUCGAAUGGAACAGGAUCUGGAGUAACAACAAACAAACCAAUUGGCGUGACUACACAUAAUCCAUCUGGAUCCGGUGGAAAUGGUUCGAAUGGAACAGGCUCCGGCGUUACAACAAAUGACCCAAUUGGCGUAACUACACAAAAUACAUCUGGAUCCGGUAGAAACGGUUCAAAUGGAACCGGCUCUGGCAUUCCAACAAAUUAUCAAAUCGGUAAUACUACACGGAAUCCAUCUGGAUCCGGAGGAAAUGGUUCGAAUGGAACAGGCUCUGGAUUUACAACAAACAACCCAAUUGGGGUAUUUACACACAAUCCAUCUGGAUCCGGUGGAAAUGGUUCGAAUGGAACAGGCUCUGGAUUAACAACAAAUAACCCAAUCGGUAUUACAACACAGAACCCAUCUGGAUCCGGCGGAUAUGGUUGGAAUGGAACAGGCUUUGGAUUAACAACAAAUAACCCAGUCGGUAUUACAACACAGAACCCAUCUGGAUCCGGCGGAAAUGGUUGGAAUGGAACAGGCUCUGGAUUAGCAACAAACAACCCAACUAGCGUAUUUACACACAAUCAAUCUGGAUCCGGUGGAAAUGGUUCGAAUGGAACAGGCUCUGGAUUUACAACAAACAACCCAGUUGGGGUAUUUACACACAAAACAUCUGGAUCCGGUGGAAAUGGAUCGAAUGGAACCGGCUCCGGCGUUACAACAAAUAUCCGAAUUGGUGUUACUACACAAAAUCCAUCUGGAUCCGGUGGAUAUGGUUCGAAUGGAACAGGCUCCGGAGUAACAACAAAUGACCCAAUUGGCCUAACUACACAAAAUCCAUCUGGAUACGGUGGAAAUGGUUCGAAUGGAACAGGCUCUGGAUUAACAACAAAUAACCCAAUCGGUAUUACAACACAGAACCCAUCUGGAUCCGGCGGAUAUGGUUGGAAUGGAACUGGCUCUGGAUUAACAACAAAUAACCCAAUCGGUAUUACAACACAGAACCCAUCUGGAUCCGGCGGAAAUGGUUGGAAUGGAACAGGCUCUGGAUUAACAACAAAUAACCCAGUCGGUAUUACAACACAGAACCCAUCUGGAUCCGGCGGAAAUAGUUGGAAUGGAACAGGCUCUGGAUUAACAACAAAUAACCCAGUCGGUAGUACAACACAAAACCCAUCUGGAUCCGGCGGAAAUGGUUGGAAUGGAACAGGCUCUGGAUUAACAACAAACAACCCAACUGGCGUAUUUACACACAAUCCAUCUGCAUCCGGUGGAAAUGGUUCGAAUGGAAACGGCUCCGGAGUUACAACAAACAACCCAAUUACCGUAACUACAUAUAAUCCAUCUGGAUCCGGUGGAUAUGGUUCGAACGGAACCGGCUCCGGCGUUACAACAAAUAUCCCAAUUGGUGUAACUACACAAAAUACAUCUGGAUCCGGUGGAAAUGGUUCGAAUGGAACAGGGUCCGAAGAAACUACAAACAACCAAAUUGGGGUAACAACACAGAGAACGUCUGGAUCCUGGGCCUUUGGUUCUUAUGGAACAGACUCCGGCGUAACAACAAAUAACUUAAUCGGCGUUACUUCACAAAAUCCCGCUGGACUCGUUGGAAAUGGUUCUACUGGAGUUACAACAAACAACCCAAUAGAUAGUUCUACACAAAAUCCAUCUGGAUCUGGUGGUAACAGUAACGGAAAUAGCUCCGCAGUAAUAACAACGAAUCCAGCGGUCGGUUUUUCACAAAGUCAAUCUGUAUCUGGCGUAACCGGUACAGAAGGUACAGGCUCUGGAGUAACAUCAAAUAAACCUUUGGAUGUUUCUACACAAAAUCCACCUGGAGCCGGUGGAAAUGUUACAAGUGGAACAGGCUCCUUUGUAACUACAAAUCACCAAUUGGGCGUUUCUACACAAAGUCCACCUGUAUCCUAUGGAAACGGUACUAUUGGAACAGGGUCCGUUCUUGUAACAAACAGCACUUCGCAUACAGUAGCGUCAACGCCGGCACCAAUCAUUACUUUUCCAUCAACGAUCAAAUCAACAACAACUACACAAAAACAGCCUAAAACAGUCACACCCACAACAGGUACAAGUAUAACAACCCACGCAGCCUCAGCAGCAACAACUGCACCCACAACAGCAACAACACAAGCAGUAACCACCGCAUCCACAGAAGCAACAACAGCAAUGGCAACAACACAAAAUUUGCCACAAACGUCCCCGCCAGUACCUGUUACUUGUAAUGUUUGCUCUGGUCCCGAGUUCCUGUGUGAAAAAUUGUUUGCACCACAAACGUGUAGCCCUCCUAACAAUUACUGCAUUAACAAACUUUCUAACCAUAGAGAUGGAACACGGUUGGUAACUAGAAGCUGCGGCAACUUUGACACCUGCUAUCGGGAUUGGUUCAUAGCAAGCUCUGACAGCGAUAGAUGCCGUAUAUUUGACGAAAACAGCGUGAUUACCUUAGAAUUUGAUUGUACAUAUUGCUGUACAUCAGACAACUGCAAUAAACCGAUUAAACCCUUGGCAAAAGACCUAUACAAGAACAUAGAAUAAAUAUGCAAAGAUGUAUCGAU